CGCACAUGUAAACAAACCACAGCACGGAGUCUUCGUCAAAUUAUUUAUGAAACAUCAUGAUUCCCUAAAGAAGAUCAUUCCUGCACCCAAGAAAAGAUGAGUGCGUUUAAAAUUCACGAUGAGAGUUUCAAAAGCAUUCUUGGAAGUUCACCAAAACUACAACUGAUAUUGGAAAAUACGAAAUACCCUUUUGCCCACGAAGCCGGUGUCUUUAUCCCAUCAGACAACACCCUCUUCGUAACCAGCAACCAAUAUACAGACCCCUCGAACCCAACCUCGAAGAAAAUACAAAUAUGCAAAGUUGUCCUAUCCUGUGACGGUACGGUGAAAUGUGAAGAAAUCUUCCCCGACAGCGUGCCCAUGGGAAAUGGCGGCGUCAACUAUAAGAACGGUGUGCUCUUCUGCGCACAAGGCGACAUGGAGACUCCUUCUGGAUUGGCCUACAUGGAAACCUCUCCUCCAUACACUUCCACAUUUUUAUUAACGUCCUUCCAUGGUCGUCCAUUCAACUCCACCAACGACGUAGUUGUACACAGCGACGGCUCUAUCUGGUUCACAGAUCCAAUCUAUGGAUCAGAACAAGGGAUCAGACCUCCCGCCACUCUACCCGGCCAAGUCUAUCGGUGGGAUGUGGAAAACGGAGGCGGUAUUAGAGCGGUCGCCGAUGGGUUUGGGAGGUGUAAUGGGAUUUGUUUUAGCCCGGACGAGAAGACUCUAUACGUGACAGAUUCAGAUUGGAUCCAUGGAGAUGGUACAACCGAUCUGACAAGAGCGAGUUCAAUGUGAGAAUCCCCUAUGAACCUUUCGACGUGUUGCUAAGGAGGAUAUAGUUAUGCAUUUGAUGUUACGCACUAUUCAGGUCAGCCAUUCUUGACGAAUCGACGGCUAUUUGCCUUCGCGGACAAAGGAGUACCAGAUGGCAUUAAAUGCGAUACCAACGGAAACGUCUACAGUGGAUGCGGAGAUGGCGUGAAUAUUUGGACACCCGGCGGAGUUUUGCUGGGAAGAAUCCUUAUCGACGGAGGAGCAGCAAACUUAUGCUUUGGCAGAAAUGGUGAGCUCUUCAUCUUGAAUGAGCAUAAAUUGUGGCGAGCACAAUUUGGAGAUAGCGUCAAGGGGGAUUUGCUAAAGAUUUAGGGCUGAGACAACUGUAAGUGUAGGUAGGGAUGUCGAACUCUCCCCUGAUGGUUUUUCCUGUCUGGUGUGCUUACACUACUUAGCUCGAGAGACCAACGUUCAUCGGUUGAAUUUCAUCUAGGCAUACCUGAGUACUUGAAUCUGAGACCCCUAUGAUUCAAUAGUGCCCUAUGUCA